CGCGGUAUGGCGCCUAUAUAUCCAGGUGUAUAGACGGAGUCUGUCAGUCCUCCGGCAGCAAGCAUGUCUCUCACUAAGGACACGCGUGUCACGCUAAACGAUGGCAACGCCAUGCCAAUCCUUGGCUUGGGAACUUACGCCUCCUCUGAUGUACCUAAAAGCGUUGGAGAAGAAGCUACCAAGAUAGCAAUCGAUCUCGGCUACCGGCACAUAGAUUGCGCCUACAUUUAUGGCAACGAAGUACAAAUUGGCCGAGCCAUUCGCUCGAAGAUCGCAGAUGGGACAGUGAAACGAGAGGACAUAUUCUACACGGGGAAGCUUUGGUGCACGUUUUUCUCUCCGGAGUUAGUCCGCAAAGGACUGGAGCAAUCUUUAAGUGAUCUUCAGCUCGACUACCUGGACCUGUUCAUAAUGCACUGGCCGUUCUCCUUAAAGCCUUCAGGUGCAGAGCAGCCCACUGACCUCGAUAAGGCUUUUGCCUACGAUAACGUGGAUUUUCUUUCCACCUGGGAGGCUCUGGAAGCGUGUAAAGACGCGGGUCUGGUCAAGUCCAUUGGGGUGUCCAACUUCAACCGCAGGCAACUGGAACGUCUUCUCAGUAAACCGGGACUUAAAUAUAAGCCGGUCUGCAACCAGGUGGAAUGCCAUGUAUAUCUGAGUCAAAGCAAACUGCAGGCAUUUUGUAAGUCCCACGAUAUAGUUCUGGUUGCAUACAGCGUCCUGGGCUCACACAGAGAUAAGAACUGGGUGGAUCUCAGUACUCCUGUUCUGCUUGAAGAUCCAGUGCUAGCCCAAGUAGCUGCAAAGCAUAACCGCUCCCCAGCAGAGGUGGCCAUGCGUUUUGUUCUUCAGAAAGGGAUCGUUGUAUUGGCCAAGAGUUUUAGCGCAGAACGCCUCAAAAAAAACCUUGGGAUGUUUGACUUCGAGCUGACUCCAGAAGACAUGAGCACACUUGAAGGACUUAACCAAAACUUACACUAUGGACCUUUUAAAGAAUUGAAGGAACACCCGGAAUACCCAUUCCAUGAUGAAUACUGAAGAUAUUUUGUAUAUUUAAUACACGCGACGGCACGUUCACCAUUAAACGAUUCUGCUGAAAUAAAACAUCAAAAUCUGAGCAUCCAUGUUGUUUUUCUCACGGGCCGUAACCCCUGCUUGAAUACAGGUGACUUCGUUCAGAACAUCUUAGCCUACUGACAAGUCACGGUUUCCACGGUUAUUAGAACUAUUGAAUCACCACAACAGAAUCUGACGAGUUAUUAAAGGGUUAAUACUCAAAGAAUUUUAGUGUUAAAGGAUUUAGAAAGUUACCAUAUAUGGGCAUCAGCUCUCAGUUUAUUGGGAAAUUGGGGGAAAAAAUUGAUUGUUAUUAUGCAUCGAUUUAUAUAGCGCCACCAUAUUCUGCAGCGCUGUACAGUGGGUAAACAAAAGGCGGUCCAAAGAGCUGACGAUCUAGAAAUAACGAAAUAAAAGUUAAAAGGCUGAUGAAUCUGUUUAAUACGUUUAUUGUUUACACUCAAAUUACAGGAUUGCAGGGGAAAAAAAAUAAAAAAUGUGAUAAAUCA